AUGACAUCAAUUUACACCGAUUGCCCGCUGCAGCCAGUGAUGGACCACAGCAGAUGUGGACGAAAUGGCUGCCCGUCGAACGUCAAACGCGGUAUGAAAUGCCAAACCUGCAAGGUCUGGUGGCACUUUAAACGCACGGGUUUACAGGACGACCAGAUAAGCCGACUAGCUAACUCUCCUGACCCGUUUGUCUGCGCCAGUUGCCUCUACGUUAAGGGUGCAAUGCAUACCGCGGCCAAGAGGAGAGCCCCAAAAAACGCUUUGAUCGGGAUACUCGACGCGAAAUUGGAGCGUCUUUCCAAGGCACUGGAGGAUUCAAACACUAAGAAUGCAACGAAAGUUGACAAGGAACUUUCUUCGUUGAACGAGUACCUCGCGAUAUCCAUACCGGGUCCUCUGGCUGCGGAGAAAGUCAUACAAUCGUUUUCGAAAAACAACGAAUGGGUGGGCUUUAGAUAUAAGCUCUACAAAUUCCUGAUCAAGGAUGGCAUGCAUACCAAACGUCUGGCUGUGUGUGCCUUCAUGGAAAGCUAA